AUGUUGCUUCUCUAUGGUUACUUCCGGUUUGAGAUGAUUUCUCAAGAAGAAAUCAAUUUCAGAAAAGACGAGAAAAUAAGCAUAUUCAUAUUAGCAGGCCAGAGCAACAUGGCGGGAAGAGGUGGGGUGUUUAACGGAGUGUGGGAUGAAUACAUUCCAAUCGAGUGCAGGAGUAACAAUAGAAUUCUUCGACUAAAUGGAGAUUCAAAACUGGAAGAGGCAAAGGAGCCACUCCAUGAAGGAAUUGAUGAUGUGAAAAAAACAUGUGGGGUUGGUCCCGGAAUGGCCUUUGCUAAUGCUAUAUUGAAAAAGGACCCAAAUUUUGGUGUCAUAGUAUUAGUCCCUUGUGCUUAUGGAGGGUCUAACAUUACAGAUUGGUCAAUUCCUAGUAGCAAGGUACAUAGCCGAUUGAUCGCAAGAGCUAAUGACGCUCUCAAAUAUGGUGGAAAAAUUCGGGCGAUUUUGUGGUAUCAAGGUGAGACAGAUACAAGGAAUGAAGUUGCAGCAAAAGAAUUUCGCGGCAAGUACAAGAAGUUUUUACAUCGUUUGUAUGAAGAAUUGAAGAACCCUAAAGCUCCUUUUAUUCAGGUAGCAUUAGCAUCAGGACAAGGGGUAAAGAAUUAUAUGCAUAGAGUACGAGCAAUUCAAAAGGCAAUGGAGAUUGUGGUUACAGUUGAUGCCUUUGGACUUCAACUUGGAGUAGAUGGCAUGCAUCUCACAACUGCUUCUCAAGUUCAGCUUGGCAAGAUGAUGGCUAAUGCAUUCUUCAAUACCACGAAAUAA